CUCUCAAGUUCGCGACUCCCCUACUCUCCCUCAAUAAAUCUCCCUUCCCAAUUCCUCCAAGAUAAAACCAAGCAAGCGAGAAGCCCUCUCCUCCCCGGUUUAAUUUCUCUCCGCCCCCCGGCCCCCCAAGAAGCACUCCAACCGCCGCUCCUCUCCGACCUAACUGUAGCCUCCCAAAAACCCCCGUAUAGAGAUUGAAACAAAAAUUUCGGAGGCGUAAGAAGAAGAAUUGAGGAAGAGACUUUGUUAGAAGAGGAAGCGGAAAGCAAAGAAAGAAAGAAAGAAGGGAAGAAUCAGAGAAAGACUGGACUCUCCUUUCCCUCGCCGCAAGGUGUCUCCUCCUUAUUUAAAGUCGUAUCUAAAUUCUAAUCCUUAUCCCCACCCCAACUCCUUCUCUCUCUUCUAUUGAAGCGCGACUCUUGAAGCAAAACUGGAAACACCCGCGCCGAAAUCGAAGCGAGGAUUAGGGUUUCCCACUCCCCCCGAAGCUUCACGGAGAGGGGAGGAGGGUUCGGCUUCGAGUCUCCUCUCCCCACCCCCCAAUCUCUUGGCCCCCCUUUCUUCGUCUCGCCCACUCCGAGUCGCGCAUCGCUUCCCCCUCUAGGGUUUCUCCGAAAAUCCCUGGGUUUUUUUUUUUCGGGACUCUUGGUCCCUGGUUUCCCUGAUCCUAGGGUUUCGGUUCGGCUCCAAACUUCCACGAAAGAUGGCCCCUUGGAUGGAUUAAGGUUCUUCUUCGUUCUUCCCAUCUUAUUUGGUUCGAUUUAUGCACGGUUUUUCUUUUAUUUUUCGUUUUUUUUUGGGGUUGAGAUGAGGGUCUCUUAAGGGCGUUUGGAGGUUCUCCUUUUGCCAUGAAUUAGGGUUCGUUUUUGUGAUAGAGGAUAUUUUGAUUGCUUGGUUUGAUACGUGGGUGUGUCUGAUUCGUUCGGACGCCAGUUGGAGAUACCCACUUGUCUUCUGCCGCAUUCUUGAAGCCGUCCAAGGGGUUUGGAUUUUGGGCGCUUGAAGCUUUUCUGGAGGAAUACAACGGUGGGGUGGCUUCGGCAUCCCGAGUGGAUGCCGGGUUCUGGCCUCCGUUAGGCCGGCAGCGGCUUCAUUAGUUCCAGAUUGGGAUUAGAAUUCAGUUUGGAGGUUGGAUUACAGAGGGUGGAGGGUAGACUGAAAGUCUGCAGAUAUAGCAAUUCUUUAUGGUUAGAUGAUGGUCUGUAUUCAUUAUGGAGCGAGGUGAGCCGACAUUUGUUCCUGAGUGGUACAAAAGUUCGUCCAGCAGCGCAAGUGGCAGUAGCAGCUCAAACCACCACACUGGGUCUUCCUCGCAUUUAGACGACCAUGGUGUUGGACAUUCCUUGAGAAACAGAUUGUUGGUAAGUGCAAGCGAGCAUGAUGCUGCCCGAAGCUCCUCUUUCCGUAGGAGUGCGAGCAGUAAUGGGUCCAUGAGCCAUGAUAAGGAUAGCUCUUUGCACUCACGGCCAUAUGCUAGUUUUGGUAGGACCUAUCGUGAUAGGGAUUGGGAGAAGGAUAUCGACCUUCGCGACAAAGAUAGGUCCCAUUUGGCGGACAAUGGAUUCAGUGACCAUUCUGAUUCAUUCAUGGGAAGUAGGUCAGAGAAAGACCCACUGAGGCGCUCCCACUCUAUGGUAUCAGGAAAGCGAGUCGAGUCAUUGCUUAAAAGACCCGGGAGUGAUUUGAAAAAUGGUAUACUAUCUGGGGUGAGUAUUAGCAGUGGCAUCGGUAAAACAUCCUUUGAGAGAGACUUUCCAUCUCUUGGAGCUGAAGAAAAGCUGGGCCAACCAGAAAUAGGCAGGAUAUCUUCUCCUGGUCUUACCUCCGCCAUUCAGAACCUUCCUAAAGGGAUUGGCAUUGAUGGUUGGACCUCAGCUCUGGUAGAUGUUCCCGUUAUAGCUGAAGGCAGUGGACCAGUACCUUCAUCCACUCCACAAACCACUUCUGGAAGUUUGGGAUCUACUGUUUCGAGUAGUAAUACAGGGUUAAACAUGGCUGAAACACUGGCUCAGGCACCUUCGCGAGCUCGUACUCCACCUCAGUUAUCCAUUGAUACCCAGAGGAUUGAAGAACGGACUCGUCUACAAUACAGCAAGCUGAUACCUGUGACUCCUUCGAUGCCUAAAAGCUCGGCUCUCAACUCUUUAGAGAAGUCAAAAGCCAAAGGAGCAAGAAGUGGAGAUCUCGGUGGUCCUUCCAAGGUUGGGCAGCAGUCAUCUCAACCUGUCAAUCUGACCCUCCGUGCACCUGCUAGAAUAGAUACUUCAAAGGUAUCUCAGGUGGGGAAUUUCCAAGUCCUCAACCGUGAGAGAAAUGGCAUCUCUCCUACUGCCAAAGAUAGCCCAAGUCUAAUGAAUGCCAGCAGAGUUGCGACCCCACACGGCGGUUUUCAGACAGCUGCAAUUCACCCACCAAAGAGCGCUGUUAACCCAAAGCUGAAGCCAGACAGCAAGGCAGGUGCUCCAUCUUCUACUCAGAGUUCCUUUGGGGAAAGAAGGCCUAUUUCUCAGGCUCAGAAUCGUAAUGAUUUCUUCAAUUUCAUUCGGAAGAAAUCACCUACGAGCCAUUCUGCUGAUCUUACUGAGCCAAGCUGUGCUGCAUCCACAUCCGGGUCGGCGAAGUUGGAUGAGCAGAUAACAGGGGCCUCCACUUCUGUUAAUCAAGAGAAGGACAGUUCUGCAUCUUGUUCUGAUUUGGUGCGCUGCCCAGUGGAAGAUGGUAAUGGUGCGACUGAGGAUGGUACUGAUAUCUGUGAAGUGUCCAGCAGGUCUGUUCCUGGCAAUGAAGAGGAGAGUUCAUCUUCAGACCCUGUUGUCCCAGAUUCUGGUCCUGGCAAUGCAGGAAAGAGCUCUUCAGGGCCUGUUCUUGCCCCGGCGUCUGCUCCCAACAGCGUUGAUGAAACUUCAUCUUCAGACCCUGUUGUCGUACCCAGCGAGGAAGAAUUAGACUUACUGCGACGACUUGGAUGGGAUGAAAAUGCAGAGGGAGAUGCUCUGACACCUGAGGAGAUUGAUGAUUUUGUUCGUCGGUAUGAGGGUCGGAGGACAUCUUUGAGGGUGGGCCAACGGCCAUUGAGGAUGGUGGUUCCAGAUUCAGGUCAGAGUGAUGUAGCUGGCAAUCGUUUGGAUUGAAAUCAUCUGAGUAGGGGAAGCGUAAUUUUGCUGAACAACCACUGCUUCCAUGGCUAAGAAGGCUUCUAGUUUUUGCGGUCAAAGGGAUUUUUGGAUCGGCUCCCAGAGGAUUUGAGAUGCAAAGAAAAUGGAGUGGCAUGGAAAUCUGCGAGGUUGAAAGAAGAGGAAGUAGUUUUUUCCUGUCUUGCUUCCAAAAAGAAACGUGAUGUGAAAUGCAAAAUAAGAUGCAUGCUUCGGUCCACAAACUCAUGCUGUCCUACGGAACUUCAGGGUGCUUUCUCAUAGAAGCCUCUUCCCUUUUGAUUUUGUUGGAUUGGUUGAGGGUUAACAGGAAAGGUAGAUAGGGGUCCUAGGGUACAAGAAAAUUGCACAGCUUGGAAACAUCAGGGCUUUUUUACCCUUUUGCCUUUUGGUUUAUUUUCUUUUUUAACUUUUUGGCAAUAUUCAAAGAAAGAUUAUGGUGCUUUUAGUGAUAAGAGAGGAAAAGUAGCCAGUUUCAUCAACCUGAAUCCGAUUUUGCAUGAAUGAAUGCAGUACUUAUUGUAUGGGGAUGCACCCAAAUGAACCUCAUCAAUAGAAAUGAUGAGAGGUUGAUUUGCUUUCUUUAUAUAUAUAUAUAUAUAUAUAUUAGUGAACACAAGGGCUAAGAGCUAUGUGAUAUCCAGGCGUCAGGCCUUGCUCCAGCAUAGUGAAGGGGUCAAUUAUCAAGAAUGGGUAUUUGAUGCGCAGGCCGUUUCUGCUUCAGCACUUUCCUGGUUUUAUGCGACUAUUGUGGACAGAUAUUGCUUUGAACCCUUGGAUGUGGUUAGAGGAAUGCGUUGACAAAGAUGCAAGCAAUAUGAUAUGUGGAAUUUUAGCUUGUACAAACCAUUGAAAAUAUUAUAUAACAUUUUUGAAACUGAAUAUUUGAGGGCUACAUUUAUUGAUACUCUCGACUUGCAAGCACA